AUGGAAGCUGAAUUCCUCACAUGUCAGCAGGGGAACCUGACUGUGCAGGCAUACACAGACAAGUUUGAGUAUUUGGCGAGAUUUUAUUCGCCCGUUGUUACUGAGGAGUGGAGGUGCAGAAAGUAUGAAGGUGGGCUGAAACAUGAGCUGCACCGACUUAUAGUACCACUCCGGAUCAUGGAGUUUCCAGUCUUGGUGGAGCAAGCCAAGGCAAUUGAACAACUGGAGAUGGGGCCCAAUAAAGUGGUGCGAUCCCAGAAGACUACUGUAGACAAUCUCCAUUCUGGAGGAGGCUCUAGCACUUGCAAGUGCUACAUUUGUGAUCAGACUGAGCAUUAUGCUCAACAUUACCUGAACAAGAAAGCAGCUGGAGGUGCACCAACUAAGAAACCAGUCGGAGAGCGGCCUAGAGCACCAGGGUGUGUGUUUGCACUGAUGACCACCGAGGUGACUCAGUCAGGUAGCCUGGUGCAAAAUACUUGCUUGCUUUUUGGUAACAGUGUGGUGGUUGUGUUGUAUGAUUCAGGAGCUACCCAUUCAUUCGUAUCCAAUGAAUGUAUGAGGGGGCUCGGACUUGUGAUGCGAGAGCUGGGGUGCGAGUUAAUAGUCGCGACACCGACGUCUAGUGAGGUAUCCACCGGCUCUGUUUGUGUGGGAUGCCCUAUGGAGGUGGCGGGCCGCAUGUUCAAGGCAGUGAAGGAAAUUGAAGCUGGAGCUACCUACUUUAUGAUAGUGGCUCAAACAGAAAAGAAAAGCACUUUAGAGCAAAUUGGUAUGAUUCCACUAGUUCAGGAGUAUGCAGAUGUGUUCCCAGACGAGAUACCAGAAUUGCCACCAAGUAGGGAUGUGGAUUUCACUAUUAAUCUUAUCCCUAGAGCUGGCCCAAUGUCCAUGGCACCGUAUCGGAUGACGCCAACAGAGUUGGCUGAGUUGAAGAAGCAGAUAGAAGACCUGCUUGAGAAGAAGUUCAUCUGA